CGCGUCGCGCUCGUGUGCGACAGCUGGCGACAGCGUGCAGCGUGGUGCAGCGUGGUGCAGCGUGCACACGAGCGCGACGCGAGUGAGGAUUGUGAGGAAGUGGUGCCGCGGUCGCCGCGGAUGUUUUACGACGUGGCGAGUCGCGACUCGCAAGCGAGUACCACCGCGAUCUCGCGCAUGGUCCGGCCGGGUCCUCGUCGCCGCGCGAAUGAAUCGAGUAUUCGAUUGCGUCGCGGACGAAACGUCAACGUGGAUGGGAAUCGCGAUCGCGAAUGGAAAAUUGCCGAAUCGACGACGGGUCCUGACGGUCGACGAUCCUCGAUCGAGUGGCGAGGAGCUCCUCGAGUUCACGUCCGGUUGCCCUCACCGAUCUCGCCACGUGUGUCCGAUGAUGUGUCGACGUUAUAUAAUUUCUUCAUGAUAUAUCAACUAUUGUCCCGGUAUAGCGAUAAGAGUUAUGCAUGUAUAAUUUACACAUCAACUAAUAAAACAGCAUUGUGCAAUAAAUAAUGGCAAGCGAAUCUUGGAAUGUCUUGGUAACGGGAGGCGCCGGUUAUAUCGGUUCUCACACAGUAUUGGAAUUGUUACAAGCAGGCCUUCAGGUGGUGGUAAUAGACAACCUUGUUAAUGCACACAAAGAUUCAAAUUCUGAGAAACCAGAAUGUCUCAUUAGAGUGGAACAAUUAACAAAUAAAAGUGUGGCAUUUAUCAAUUGUGACAUCACAAACGUUGAUGAUUUGAGAAAUGUGUUUCGAAAGCAUAAUUUUCAAUGCGUUAUACAUUUCGCUGCUUUGAAAGCGGUCGGUGAAUCGUGUCAAAAACCACUCGAGUACUAUGAAAUCAAUGUUAGCGGAACGAUAAAUCUAUUACAAGUUAUGCGAGAAAACAAUGUAAAGCGCUUUAUCUAUUCAAGUAGCGCCACAGUUUAUGGCAUACCUGACCAACUUCCUUUAGUGGAGGACAUGAAAACAGGCAACUGUACAAAUCCUUAUGGAAAAACAAAGUUUAUGGUAGAAGAAAUAUUGAAGGAUUUGUGUGCUUCAGAUAAGGAAUUCUCUGUUAUAUCUUUGAGAUAUUUUAAUCCUGUCGGCGCACAUCCCUCUGGUGAAAUUGGAGAAGAUCCUAACGGUAUUCCAAAUAAUUUAAUGCCCUACAUUGCACAAGUUUCCGUUGGAAAGAGGGACGUGUUAUAUGUUUAUGGCAAUGAUUACGAUACCCCUGAUGGUACAGGUGUACGUGACUAUAUUCAUAUUAUGGAUUUGGCGAUUGGGCAUAUGAAAGCUAUGAUGUAUCAAAAAACUUGUAAUCCAACAGGAUUUAAGCCGAUAAAUCUUGGUACUGGGAAAGGCUAUUCCGUACUCGAAGUUAUACAUGCGUUUGAGAAAGCAUCCGGACGGAAAAUACCAUAUAAAAUAGUUGAACGUAGACCAGGUGAUAUUUCCGCCAGUUAUGCGGAUGCUAGUGUCGCUAAUAAAGAAUUAGGCUGGGUUGCCACGAGAAAUAUGGAUGACAUGUGUACAGAUACAUGGAAGUGGCAACAAAAGAACCCAAACGGUUAUAAAUACUAAUAAGCACAUUACUCAUUAUGCCUGAAUAACUGAGAAGCUCAAAGCUUUUAACUUGCUGUUACAUUCUGCCUUUUACAUAUCAUUGGAUAAUGAAACCAUGGUGGUAUACAGUUACCAAAGUUUUAGACCAAAGCAUAAGAGAAGUAGUUAAGUGAAUUUAAUGUAUGAAUAUAUUGAGAAUUUAUGUCUCUAAUGAAAUCUAAUGUUGGAAAAGUUUUAUUUGGUAUCUUUAUAUAAGUUUGUUUCAUAUAUUUUUAAAUUUCAUUUUUUUGUUUAUGUUAAAACUAAAUUUCUGUCGUUGGAACAUUGUGCCAUUUUAAAUAUAGUCACAUAAUAUCCUAUAUAUUGUACAAACUAAUAUGUAUAUAAUCUAUUAUAAGUUUAUGAAAGACAUAAAGGUACAUAUAAAAAUACUUUUACAUAUACAUUAAUGAUAUAAAAAAAAUGUGAAUAAUUAAAUAAAAAAACACAUUUACUGAAAAAAUAA